AUGGAAUAUUUUCCAGACGACUUCGCCUUUGCAAAUGGCGCUUCCCUUGCCGGAGGGACCACAGGUAUGAUGGUCCUACCACCAGUAAUGGAAUACCUUGUGUCGGUUUACGGAUGGAGGCGCGCUUUAGGCCUGAUGGGAGCUUUCAGCUUCAACUACGUCGUGUGUGGCGCUCUACUCCGGCCUCGAAAUAAAUCUUCGUUACCAGCGCAAUAUAGUCUGGUACCUAGUCGAUCUAUUGUGGAGAAUGCAUCACCCAAGUCCGGUGGUCUGGCUGAUGGGCGAGAUCAGGACGAAGAAGGUAAUUCCGCGAAGUUCAACUUUGGACAGAUAGUGAAAUACGUGCGCGAGCGCUUUGAUGCCCAUAUACUUGCGGAACCGCUGUUUGUGAUUAUCUCAGUGGUAUCUACGCUGGAAGGAAUGCUAUUCGGGAUGUGGCAUUUGUAUCUCAUUCCCCAAGGAGUGGAGCUGGGCUUUGGGGAUUCCCCGUCGGCAUUCCUGGCGACGUUUGGUGGCGCUGGAUCCCUGCUAGGACGCAUAAGCCACGGGUUCCCGAUUGAUCGCGGUCACAUCAAAGCCACAAGUCUGUUCACCAUCUCAUGUCUGAUCUUUGCUGCAUCUAACAUGCUAGAUCCUCUUGUUGUUACGUCCUACAUAGCCAUAGCUGCCGUAGCCUUUGUCUCGGGAGUCGCGUUUGGUGUUAUAUACCCUUUGAUGUUUGUGCUGAUGCGUGACGUGACUGGUGAUCGGCACAUGUCGGCCUAUGGUUGGCUGUUUGUUACCCAUGGUAUUGGCAUGCUUCUUGGAGGCGCCCUAGCAGGAUGGAUUCAUGAUCUCACUGGAGAGUACCAAUGGGUCUUCGUGUCGUUAGGAGUUAUUGCAGCAACCAUGGCAACCUUAGUAACAUCGAUGCGGUUAAUGGUUCACUGCUCCGGAGCAAAUUAG